AUGCCUCUCUGCUCGCACCCUGCCUCGGCGCAGUACUCGGACCGUGUUAGGGGGACAGUCACGUGCACCCUCUGCGGUGACAUUGUACAGGAUCAGCAGCUUGAACUUGAUCCAGUAUUUGCCCGUGGAGAGAAGGCCAAUGCACGGAGCCUGCGUUCGCUUGGUCACUUUCGUCCCACACGGGGGGUCAUUGGAACAAGGAUGCCAUCUGCACGUCCUUCCACUGAAGCCGCACGACGCGGCAUGCUUUCCAUUGCACGUCAAUUGGAUAUUAGCGAUGACAUGGUUGAGAUGGCAGUUGCUUUAUACAAGUUAGCAGUAGGAUUGAACGCAGUGUCUGGUGCUCGACCUUCCAUUUUGUCUGCUGUUCUUUAUGCAGUGUGCCGUCGUGAAAGAACAUCACAUAUGAUAUAUGACUUUUCUGAUGUGACAGGAGAAAGCCCUUAUGAGAUUUUGUCCUACAUGCGGAACAUUUGCGAGGCCACCCACACGGAAUUGCCUGUUAUUGACCCUUCCUGCAUGGUACACCGAUUUGCGGAGCAAAUGAAUUUGGGCCCCAUGACAGGACCAGUGGUGGUAUGUGCAUUGAAAGUCCUUCGUGCCAUGCGGGAUGAUUGGAUUGCUUGUGGGAGGCGACCCAUGGGUGUUUGUGUUGCAGCCAUUCUCGUCGCAUGCUACAUGUUUAACAUCCCGCGCUCUCCGGAUGAGGUGUGUGGCUUUGUUCGUCUGACGGCGGGAACCAUUAUGAAGCGUCUUGAUGAAUUUGCAUCCACAACAACGGCUGGGUUACAAAGUAUUGAUGAGUACACGAAGAAUGAAAGCUCACUUCCUCCUUCUUUUAGUUCUUCUCAAAUGCGUUCCAACGACAUGGAUGUGGAUGCCGAAAUGAGGAAACUCUCAGCAACGUACUACGAGCUUGUUUCGGAGGCAAAGGUCUCCGCUCCUGCGACACCAGAACGCUGUGAGAAGUGGCGGCGUUUUCUUGUGCGACACUGUGAGAUGGAAAACACCGUAGCAAACGAGGAGAAUUUAGAUCUGACCAAACUGUCGCCGCAGCAGCAACUGCGGAUACUUGGUCUUCCCAACGCGAAGCCCAUCGACCCGGAAAAGGUCCGGGAGUGUGUGCGGCGGGAGGAGGUGAAGAUCCUUUUGAAGCAAGAACAAUUUGACCCAGUUAGUGCGUCUCAGUCCAUUAGCGGGGUUUUGCAACUGCCCCUCCAAACACAGUUGGAUAUGCCAAUGCAGCCGAUGACGGCGUACUACCGGAAACUCAUGAACCACGAUCCUAAUGUGCUGGGAAUUCGUCGGGAUUUUGAUUUCUCAGAGAUGGGAGACGACCCUUCCCAAAGUCCAUCUAUUCCGCCCAUCGCCGCGGGAAGUGUGGAGACCAUGCCAGAGUCCCUUACAGAGGUGCUUUACGACAGCGAAAGACGCUUCGCAUUGCCAUGGGAGUUUAUCAUCUUGCAAGAUCCCGCCUUGGAAGACACCACCGAUCUGGAUCUCUAUUUGGUGCUUGACAAUGAAGAACGACUGCGUCGCCGGAAGGUGGGAGAGGCUCUUUACAAGGAAGAUUGGGACCUUGGUAGGGCACGUACCAAGGAGGAAAUUGAAAAACUUGAAGAUUUUCGAACGUCACGGAAAAGACGACGCGAACCCAUCAAGGAGCACGCGACCGUGCAGGACGCAUUGACUCGUGCAUUGAGGGGCCGAGGCGCCGGUUCCGUGAAUGUCUCGCAGAUAGAUGAACUUGUGCCUGGUCUUGUGAGCAAGUUCGAUGGUGGGACGGAAGACGAUUGGUUAAACGAAUGA